AUGGAAUUCCAUGCGAGUUUUCUCGUGCUGCUGGCGGCGGGGAGUGGAAUCUUUGGGGGAUUCUUGGGCGCAUCUUCGGCCUGUGUGUUUCCUGCCAUUUUCAACUUUGGAGAUUCCACCUCCGAUACCGGAGGAAUCCAGACGGCAUUCCCGACUUUCAGCCAAUCCGAGUUCCCACCCUAUGGCAUGACGUUUCCCGGGAGGCCAUUCCUGAGAUACAGCGAUGGCCGCCUUGGAAUCGAUUUCAUAACUGAAGCUCUAGGAAUUCCAUAUCUAAGUUCCUUCUUCCAAGCGGUGGGAUCCAACUUCACCACUGGCGUCAACUUCGCCACGGCUGGAGCGACGUCCCAAGCCGUGACUUACAUCAGCCCUUUCUCGCUGAACGUCCAGCUCAACCAGUUUCGAGAGUUCAAGCAAAAAGUCCUUGUAACAGGGAACUCUCUCAACGCUCUUCCCGCCAGGGAUGCCUUCUCUCGAGCGCUCUACAUCGUCGACAUUGGCGGGAACGACUUUAGCUAUGGAUACAACCGAAACAUGAACUUCGACCAGCUCAAAGCAUACAUUUUCCGGGCAGUGGAUGGAAUCAUCGCGCUUGUCAAGGGCGUGUAUGCCGAGGGAGGACGAACAUUCCUAGUCUCGGACGUUGGGCCCCAGGGCUGCAUCCCAUACUUCCUCACAAACUUCCCAAAUCUCCGGGUGAGCUACGAUCAAGCUGGGUGCGCUAUCGAAUUCAACCAAGUCACGCAGCACUACAAUGGCUUGCUCAAGCAGGCUUUGAGCAGCCUCCGUAGCCAGCUCCCAGGCAGCACUAUAAUCUACACGAACACUUAUGACAUCAAAUAUUCGCUUACCCUCAAGGCUGCGAGCAAUGGAUUCCAGUUUGCCACCAAGGCCUGCUGUGGGAUUGGAGGGAACUACAAUUACAAUUUUGCGGUGCAAUGUGGGGAGAGCAAAGUGAUGGCUGGGAAGACGGUGGCGUCAACGACUUGUAAGAAUCCAUCUGCGUUUCUCAAUUGGGAUGGAGUUCACUACACCGAAGCAGCAAACCGGAUCAUCACGAGGCAAAUCUUGAGUGGGAGCUUCUUCGAGCCCAGUUUCCCCUUGGGUAUGCUGUGCACACUCAAGAACAUCUAAUCAUCUGUUUGGAUUCAUAAACUUUGACGAACAUCGAUCACUACAACCAUUGUUCUUUUGGAUCCAAUCCAGCAUCUAUCAAGCACUAUAGGUUGGAA